CUUAUCUUUACUCGCGUCCUCGUUCAACAGAUGUAGUCUAAUCACGUCGUCCCCAGAGAGCCCCCCGAAAUGAAUGUUUGGCGCCCCGUAGGCUUCGACGAAGAAUACAGAGAAUCCACACAAGCGAGCUCCAUGAUCCCGUACCUCUACGAACAGAUCCGCCUAUCGCGCAUCAUCGAGAGAAUGAUGUCGACGCUCUUCUCUCCGCGCUCCAACCUAGACGACCUCGGUCGACGAGUCUGCUUCGAUAACCUGAACCUAGACCUCAACCGGUGGCGCGAAUCACUGCCCGAUGUUGCAAAGUGGCAUAAAUGGGGUGGAUCGUCAUCAAAGACGAUACCAGGAGUGUUGGCAUUACACCUUCUAUUCCACAGUGUUCGCAUCGCCUUGAACUAUGACCAGGCCAUUGCAUCCCGGAGAAGCGACGCGGACGAAAAGCCACAGUCUUACUGUGUCACAUCCGCGCAGCACAUCACCUCCCUGGUACGGACCUAUCGAAGUCAGUACGGGCUUCAACAUGCACCACUCGUGUUUGUAUACGGCGCAGUCCAGGCGAGUCGCUCAGCCAAAGCAUUCAACAUCACAGAAGAGAGCCAGUCCCUGAUCCAGAUGCUGGGAGAACUGUCAUCGGCUUGGAGCCUAUCAAGAGAAGUCAUGGCCAAAGUAUUGGACUGCUAAAGCUAAAUACCCGCGAGAGUACACAAAUCGGGCCCCAUUCCCCAUCCUGGCCUCCAGACUUGUUUAUCCAGCUUUCACAGCAGUCACCAUAGCCAUCUGUGUUCUCCUU